AUGGCGACUUCUAACGAGCUACCAAGUGAGCAGCAUACCAACUCGUUGAGUGAUGGUCUGCCGGCUAAGCGUCGUAAUCCUAUGGUUCGGUUUACAGACGAACUUGAUUUCCAACUGAUCGAGGAGGCGCAAGCGAGAAAUCCGUUUGGCGAGGACUACGGGGAGAAAACACAGGCACGGGCUGAUGUUGCUGCUGCGGUAGCAGUAGUCGUGGAUGGUUGCCUCUGUCGUGAGCGCUGCAAUCACCUCCUUGAUGCAUACCAGGCAAAGAAAAAGGCAAGCGAACGACGGAGCGGACCGUGCGAAGAUUACACGCCGAAGGACGAGUGUCUAGCUGAGGUAUUGGAGAUGCGCAAAAUGGAGAUGCUACUCAAAAAUGACAAGAAGCAGCAGAAGGACCAACAGCGGCAAGUGGACGGGCAAGCUAUUGCUAUGCGGACGCACUAA